UGCUAUCUUUGAGAACAUGGCGAACACUUCAUGAAAUAACUUUACCAAGCUUUACGUAAACAAAACGUAACUUACGAUAAUUUUGUCUGUAACAGUGAUUUGUACAUAAUAAGAAUCCUUACUGUAAAUAUUAAAAAGUUAUGUAUAUAGAAAACAGUAAAUAAAUUUACAUAUGUGUGAUAUUUUGCUAUUUUUGUUAAUGAGAGUGUGAAAUUGAUAUGUAUUGUCUAUAAACUUACUGUGUGGUCAGGGAAUCGAUCAUUUUUGACAGAUUAACGUGAUAUCAAUCCGUCGAACUUUUUACUCAUAAAAAUGGCUGAUUCUGAGGAUGAAAGUGAUAAAGAUAUAAUGUCCGCAAUUAAUAUGACUGGCUUCUUGUUUGGGAACAUCGAUGACAAUGGUCAACUGGAGGAUGAUAUUCUUGAUCCAGAGGCAAAGCAACACUUAGCAUCGCUUAGUCGUCUUGGUUUGAGUUCGUUUAUCCGCGAAAUGAUGCCAAAUGACAAUGCUAACGAUGAAAAGGAUGAUGAGGAUGACAGUAAACAUGAAGAAAAAAAUCAAACCUACACUGAUAAAGAUAUAAAUUACAUAGAAAAGUCACCUAAUGCUUUUGAUUUCUCUGAUAUAAAUGAAUUAGCAGAUGAUAUAAAUGAAGAAAGUAAUAAACAAGAUCCAUUCGAACGAAGAAGUGAAAAAGAGAACGAUUAUGAUGCUGAUGAUGAAGAAGUUGUUAAUAAAUCUGAUACACAAUUAAUGCCACCUCCACCAGUGCCUGAGGAAAAGGAAGCGCUUACCGCAGAAGAGGCAGAAGCUGCCCGUCAGAGAAAAUUAGAAACACCUCUUGCUUCUAUGCUGCCAUCUAAAUAUGCCAAUGUUGAUGUCACAGAAUUAUUUCCUGAUUUUCGUACUAAUAAAGUAUUGCGAUUUUCAAGAUUAUUUGGUCCAGGAAAACCUAGCAGUCUUCCACAAAUAUGGAGAGGUGUUAAAAAGCGACGUAAAAAGAAGCGGCACCAUGAUCUUAGAGAUUCUGAUUCUGGAUCUGAUCAAGAUGAUAGGAAACCAAAAUUUAAAGGAUGGGUGAUGCAAUAUGGUCCAGAUCCAACUCCAGAUAUGUGUCGAUCUGAUGAUGAAACUAAAUUACUAUUACCAGUAGAAGAUAAAGAACAACAUGGUAAAACAGGUGAAAGUGGAGAAAAUGGAGACAUGGGACCAAAAGUAGCGGAUUGGCGGUUUGGACCUGCACAGCUUUGGUAUGAUAUGCUUCAAGUUCCAGAGACUGGUGAUGGAUUUAAUUAUGGAUUUAAGAUUGCAGAUAAGACCGAUGAACAGAACAAUAAAGGAAAUACUGAGGAAUUUUCUGAUGAUGCAUUUUUAAUGGUAUCCCAGUUACAUUGGGAAGAUGAUGUUAUAUGGAAUGGCGAUGACAUAAAGCAUAAAGUGUUGCAAAAAUUAAAUAGUAAAAACAAUGCAGCUGGGUGGGUUCCAUCUAGUGGAAACAGAACUGCUCAAGCAUUUAGUCAACCAGGGAAAGGUACACCUGUUCCUGUUGCAUCAAAUGUUAGACUUGCUACGUCACAAAUUACAACUCCAUUACACAUGCAGUCACAAAAGAAUAAAAUGAAUAUGAAUAAGGGAAAUCAACAACAAACACGGGAAGAGAAUUAUGAUGAUACUUGGUAUUCCAUUUUCCCUGUAGAGAAUGAAGAAUUAGUAUAUGGGCUUUGGGAGGAAGAAGUAAUUUGGGAUCCAGAAAACAUGAAGAAGAUUCCAAAACCUAAAAUUCUUACUUUGGAUCCAAACGAUGAAAACAUUGUUCUUGGUAUUCCUGAUGACAUAGAUCCAGCAUUGCUUCAUAAAGAUAAUGGACCUCAACCGAAAGUGAAAAUACCCCACCCACAUGUUAAAAAAAGUAAAUUAUUAUUAGGAAAAGCUGGAGUUAUUAAUGUUUUAGAAGAAGAUACUCCACCACCACCACCAAAAUCACCCGACAGAGAUCCAUUUAAUAUUUCGAACGAUACAUACUACAUGCCACGAUCCUCAGAAACAACGUUACGGUUGAAAGUUGGAGGUGGAAAUUUAAUACAACACAGUACACCAGUAGUAGAAUUACGUGUACCAUUUGUUCAAACUCAUAUGGGACCCAUGCGACUUCGAAAUUUCCAUAGACCACCAUUAAGAAGGUUUAGUCAUGGUCCACUCGCGCAUCCUGGACCUCAUUCUGUUUUGCCGUUAUUGAAACAUAUAAAAAAGAAAGCUAAACAAAGGGAGCAAGAAAGAAUUGCAUCUGGCGGAGGGGACGUCUUUUUUAUGAGAACUCCUGAAGAUUUGACUGGUAAAGAUGGGGAACUAGUACUCGUCGAAUUCUCGGAAGAGCAUCCUCCAUUAAUGAACCAAGUAGGAAUGUGCUCUAAGGUAAAAAAUUAUUAUAAAAGAAAGGCCGGAAAAGACCAGGGUCCACAAAAAUAUAAAUACGGUGAAACUGCUUAUGCGCAUACCAGUCCAUUCUUAGGAAUUCUUACACCUGGUCAAAGUAUACAAGCGAUUGAAAACAACAUGUACAGAGCACCGAUCUACGAACAUAGAAUACCAGAGACGGACUUCCUAGUUAUCAGGACAAGGCAGCAAUAUUAUGUCAGAGAAGUGGAUGCCAUAUUCGUUGCGGGACAAGAGUGCCCGCUGUAUGAAGUACCGGGUCCCAAUUCUAAGAGAGCCAAUAAUUUUGUGAGGGACUUCUUACAAGUUUUUAUAUACAGAUUAUUUUGGAAGUCUACAGAUACACCUCGACGUAUCAAAAUGGAUGACAUUAAAAAAGCAUUUCCAUCGCACAGCGAAAGCAGUAUUAGAAAACGCUUGAAGUUAUGUGCCGAUUUCAAAAGAACAGGCAUGGACUCUAAUUGGUGGGUUAUAAAGCCGGACUUUAGAUUACCAACCGAAGAAGAGAUUAGAGCAAUGGUAUCUCCAGAACAGUGUUGCGCUUACUUUAGUAUGAUUGCGGCGGAACAACGAUUAAAAGAUGCUGGUUAUGGCGAAAAGUUUCUUUUUACUCCUCAAGAUGACGACGACGAGGAGAUGCAAUUAAAAAUGGAUGACGAAGUUAAAGUUGCACCUUGGAAUACAACACGAGCAUACAUUCAGGCUAUGAAAGGCAAGUGCUUGUUACAAUUGGCAGGACCAGCAGAUCCAACAGGAUGUGGCGAAGGAUUCUCUUAUGUCAGAGUUCCAAAUAAACCAACAAUUAGUAAGGAAGAACAAGAAGCUCAACCAAAAAGAACUGUAACUGGAACUGAUGCUGAUUUACGAAGACUAUCGUUAAAUAAUGCCAAAGCAUUGCUUCGUAAAUUUGGUGUUCCCGAGGAAGAAAUUAAAAAAUUAUCGCGAUGGGAGGUUAUAGACGUAGUUAGAACAUUGUCCACGGAAAAAGCUAAAGCUGGAGAGGAGGGAAUGACGAAAUUCUCGCGAGGUAAUCGAUUUUCUAUUGCCGAGCAUCAAGAGAGAUACAAAGAAGAAUGUCAAAGAAUUUUCGACCUACAAAAUCGCGUAUUGUCCUCCAAUGAAGUUUUGAGUACUGACGAAGGCGAGAGUUCGGAAGAAGAUAGUUCCGAAAUUGAGGAAAUGGGCAAGAAUAUAGAAAAUAUGCUUUCCAAUAAGAAAACGAGCACCCAACUAUCUCUUGAACGAGAAGAGCAACAGAGGCACGAGUUGCGAAAGAUGCUAAUGGGCGAAAUGCAAGAGCAAGAUAAGAAGAGUAAGGAGAAAAAGAAAGAUGACGAAGAAGACAGUCCUGUAAAUAACUUUAACGCGCAGCAGGGUAGGGUUCUUAAGAUUUAUCGGACAUUUAGAAAUCCAGAGGGAAAAGAAUUUACAAGGGUAGAAUUGGUUAGAAAGCCAGCGGUGAUAGAUACAUAUAUAAAAAUUAGAAACUCAAAAGAUGAAGCAUUCAUUAAGCAAUUCGCAACUCUGGAUGAGGCACAGAAAGAAGAAAUGAAGAGAGAGAAAAGAAGAAUUCAGGAACAAUUGCGUAGAAUUAAGCGAAAUCAAGAACGUGAACGUAUGCUCGGUGGUCCAAUGUCGGGAAACAACGCGUCAUCACAUAAUAUAUUCGACCGUAGUAAUACCAAUACACCAACCACUACAUCCUCAAACAGUAUCCUUCCAUUCUGUAAUUCCUUCCAAUCUACUUCUCCUGCUUCUAAACAUCCUAAACCUGAAGUUUCUCCUUCUAAACGUAAAAAACCUAAACUAAAACCAGAUCUUAAAUUGAAAUGUGGUGCUUGCGGUAACGUAGGCCACAUGCGUACGAAUAAAGCUUGUCCUUUGUAUCAAAAUAGCAUAACCACAGCACCAGUGAAUGUUGCGAUGACAGAGGAACAAGAAGAAGAAAUUGAGAAACAGCUUAACACGGAUGACCAAGAUCUCGUCAAUGUAGAUGGAACUAAAGUGAAGUUAUCAUCUAAAUUGAUUAAGCAUGCCGAAGAAAUGAAGAGACGUACGUUACUAUUGAAAGUACCCAAAGAGGCUGUAAAUUCGAAAAAACGAAGAAGAGCUACUGGAGACGAUCAUUGUGAUUACCUUAAACGACAACAACGACCUGCUAAUAGACGUAGAACUGAUCCUGUUGUUGUCAUGUCUACAAUGUUAGAAAGCAUACUUAACGAAAUGCGAGACUUACCUGAUGUUCAGCCUUUCCUAUUUCCCGUUAAUGCUAAAGCUGUUCCCGACUAUUAUAAAAUUAUACAAAAACCUAUGGAUUUACAAACAAUACGUGAGAACUUGAGAUUAAAGAAAUACCAAAGUCGAGAAGAAUUUUUGGCUGAUGUUAAUCAAAUUGUGGAAAAUUCAACGUUAUAUAAUGGAUCGAAAAGUUCAUUGACGGUGGCAGCUAAACGUAUGUUGGAAACAUGCGUAGAAAGACUCGGUGAAAAGGAAGAUCGUCUAAUGAGACUAGAGAAAGCAAUUAAUCCUCUACUUGACGAUAACGAUCAAGUUGCUCUUACAUUCAUCUUAGAUAAUGUUGUUAAUAACAAAUUGAAAUCUAUGACAGAAGCUUGGCCAUUCUUGAAACCAGUGAAUAAAAAAUUGGUGAAGGAUUACUACACUGUUAUCAAAAGGCCUAUGGAUUUAGAAACUAUAUCCAAAAAAGUAUCUGCACAUAAGUACCAUAAUAGGCAUGAGUUUCACCGAGAUAUUGAACAAAUUUUGGAAAAUUGUACAAUAUAUAAUGGAAAGGAAUCUGUAUAUACAAACAAAGCAGAGUUGCUUGUAAAAGUUUGCAAAGAAACAUUAGAUGAGUAUGAUGAACACCUAAUGCAAUUGGAAAAUAACAUACUAUUAGUACAAAAACGAGCAAUGGAACAAGCAGAUAUGGAUCCUUUGUGGCUUGGUCCAGAGGAAGAAAAUUAUACCAUUCCAGAACCAGAGUUCCGAGGAAGUCAAACGAGUUCACCAGAAAAUCCAUUUGGAAAGUCGAAUAUGGACGACUUUGAUUUUGUAGAUGUCGAAGGAGAUAUGGAAGGUGAUGGCAGUAGAAGUGCCAAUUCAAAGAAAAAGGAUGUCCUCGAAGAAGAUCUACAAUUCUCCAGUGAAGACGAAUUCGAUGAAGUUCCAUUUGGUACAGAUGAACAGUCCGAAAAUGCUGAGAUCGAUACACUUGAACUGAAUGAAGUUCGAGAAGGUGGAGUAGUAUUAGCGGAUGAUGACAGUCAGCAAGCAGCAGAAGCAAUGGUUCAAUUGGGUAAUGUCGGUUUUUAUAUGGCGGAUCAACAAUUGCUUCAGCAAGAUGAAAGUAUGGAUGUCGAUCCAAAUUAUGAUCCUUCAGACUUUUUACUAGCUGGUUUACCAGCAAGGGAUGACAAAGGGCAAAAUAAGAUACAAGAUGAUUUGGCUGUAUCCGAAAGCGACGAUGAUGCAGAAAAUAACGCUCAACACAAACGAAAGACACCACAGUUAUCGCAGCCAGAGGAGGAUGUUGGCGGUGACUUGUGGUUCUAAGGAGGUUUUCAGACUUAUUUUAAGUAAAAAUAUUGUUUUAUAGUAAAUAUCUUAAAUCAAAAAAUUUAUCUAUAAUAUUACAAAAUGUAAUGAAACAUGAAAUAUUUAUUUCCUAUAGGAAUAAUUGAAUUUCAAUAUUUGAAAUGACAUCAAUCGUGUAUGAUUUCAUUGUGUAAAAAAUAGACAAAAUUAUUUAAAUUUUUCAAUGCAUAUCUAUGAAUAUUAUGUGCACAUACAUGUAAAUAUAUAAUGAAAAAUUGUUUCUUAAGUUCUACGCGUACAAUUAUUUAAUUUGUUUUUUUAGCUAGGAUAAAAGUUCAUAAAAAAAUAGUUGUAUAAUAUAAACAAAUAUUGUAUAUUUUUACAUAUUGAAGAUUUAUGUAAAAACUGCAUAUUCAGUUGUGUUUACCGAAAAUAUGUUUCUAACCAAAAUUAUAUUUGUAAUGUGUUCUACCAUUUAAGUGCAAUA